AUGAAUGCUUCACCUUUGAUACCCCAGGGGUUGCAUCAGCUAAACCUGGCCCCUCCCAAACCAGGGGCCACAUCCCACUGCCCGCCCACCAUCCAUCCAUGGGGACGAGCAUUGGGAACCCCCGCCAUCUCACCCAAUGAAGGGGAUGAACUUUGUGAGACAGAUGCCACCAGCAUGGCCACACACAGUGUGACACUGCUCAUCUGCCUCUGUGCCAUGGCUGGGAACAGGGCUGUGCUCUGGGUCCUCAGGUUCCGCAUCCACAGGGACACCAUGAAACCCAUCACUGCCUACAUCCUUGAUCUGGCCACCAUCAACUUUCUUUUCCUCAUCCUUAUGGUCCCCUCCACUCUGCUCUUCCUGCUGGACGAUUUCUCCUGCUAUGCCAUCAUGCCCCCACCAUCCAUACAUUUCCUUUUCCUCCUCUGUGUGAUGUUCUACACCAUAGGGCUGUACCAGCUACGGCUGACAGCCAUCAGCACUGAGAGGUGCAGGUCCCUCCUCUGCCCACCUGGGCUCUUCUGUCACCUUUCCAGGACCUCAUGGGUGGUGGUCAGUGCCGGGCUCUGGGCCUUUUCCAUUGCUGCCAUUUCUGUGGUGAAUUCCCUGUGCCAGUCACAGGAACACAAGCUCUGCAAUGGGGCUCUCAUCUCCCUCUACAUCCUCAACUUCCUCAUCUUUGCUCCAUCCAUGGUCAUCUCCAGCACAAUCCUCUUCAUUCAUUUCAAGGGUAGCUCCCAGCAGCAGCAAUCCCAGAAGCUUGACAUCAUUGUCUUCCUCGCUGUGCUCCUCACUCUCCCCCUCAGUCUCUGGAAUUUCCUGCAGCAGCUCAGCUACCCCACUGUGUCCCCCCAGGUUGUUCUCCUGUUUGCCUGCAUGCACAGCAGCAUCAACCCCUUCAUCUACAUCUCAGUAACAAAGUGCUGGAGGCGCUGCUCCACGGAGUCCCUCAGGGAGUGCCUCCAGAAGGUCUUUGAGGAGCCAGAAGGGAGCAGUGCCCCAGUAAUGAUGCCACCAGGGACACAGGGGGUCUGAGCCUGUUGAACCCUUCAAGUGCCUCGAUGCAAGACAUUGACUGAGGGUUUCCUUGAGCCAUCAGAAUACUAAAUAUCCAUGGUGUUAUCCUCCUGCUCCUGUACUCCUGCAGGAAAAGGGAGCACAGGCAGUGACAAGGACCAUGUGGGAGGAAUUGUUUGCAGGGAGCACAUCAGAGCAUGGCUUUGAUCCUCCCUCACAGGUCCUAGAGCACUUUACCCCCAAAAGGAAACAUUCCCAACACGGCUGUGAUCCCAAAAUUCCCCCUGGCACCUGGUUCCUGCAUCCCACUCAGGUCUGAUAUCAAUAAACAGCACCAUGAACCCUGAGCUGCCUUUGCCCCCUCUGCCAGCACUUCCUGGCUUCCUCUGGCUCCUGCUGCCAGCCUGGAAUGUGGCUGGAGGGAGGGGACACAGCCAUGGCUUGUGUUCCCUGGAGCAGCCAUGAUCCCCAGUACCCAGAGCUGGGCUGCCACGGACACGAUGGCCCAGGGGCUCAGCAUUCCCCACCCUGAGUUCUCUGUGAGUGUCACAGUAGAGAUUUCCCUGCUUCCGGAUGGAGCCGGGCUGGCGGGGGCGUUGAAGCAGCCCCGGGAGGUCUGUGCGUGUCAGAGGGUGCAGGAGGCUCCAGGAAGGAUCUGGAUGCUGCUGAUCCCAAAUGUCCUAAUUGGAGAGCAGCAGAGCCUGACGGGCAGAGCUUCAACCCGGGGAGCGGCCAUGGCACAGCAGGGAAAGCGGGGUACAGAUGGGGCUGGGAAGGAAUACCACACAUGGCUGAAAUAAACUUACAAACAUGAUGGAAAGAAUUACAAAACAGCACACACAGAAGAUCUCCCUUUGUUCUGUGUGUGGCAAGAUAUUACAACAGGGGUUUUAUCCAUCAUAACCACACAUAGACAUUAAAGUGUGUUUCUUAUCUAAUACACAAACAUCGCUUCCUAGAACUAAUUUCCAUGUGUCCUCCUCCUACUGCGAGUCCAUUCCUCGCCCUGGAGGGUCAUUCAUAGGGCCCUCUGGUGGUUGCAUUCACUGAGUGCUGAGAUAUUAAAGGUGACCUUGCCUUGAAGUUUUCCUUUGGCCACGCACUGUUGCUUCUUGUAACAGAACCUGUGCCAAGACCCCUGCAGGCCUCCAAAUCUGUUUCUGCACUGGUUCCAGCCACAUUCAUCAUCCUGUGUUCACCUGAGGAGCACAUUGGAGCUGGGCUUUCCUCCUCCCUCCUGGAUCCUAGAACCCUAUGGCCAGGAGGAGCAGGGACACUACUGGGGCCCUGGUGGAGCAGAGGAGGAGUGGGG